AUGAGGACGUGAGGAAGUAUUGUGAGAGCCAGAAGAAGCUGUCUGAGCUCCCCCUCCAGGUCCCUGAGGUGGACAGCUGUCCCCCCCGCACCCCCGAGAAGAUCGGCAUCACCCUGUACGACGACCCCGAAGGAGCUCCGGAGCUGUUCGACGCCUUCAUCUGCUACUGCCAUAGCGACUUUGAGUUUGUGCACGAGAUGAUCCGCGAGCUGGAGCAGACGGAGUGCCGUCUGAAGCUGUGUGUGUUCGACAGAGACGUGCUGCCGGGGUCGUGUGUGUGGACCAUCACCAGCCAACUCAUCGAGAAGAGGUGUAAGAGGAUGGUGGUGGUGAUCUCUGAUGAAUACCUGGACAGCGACGCCUGCGACUUCCAGACCAAGUUUGCUCUCAGCCUUUGCCCUGGAGCUCGAGGGAAGCGUCUUAUCCCAGUGAAGUACAAGCCAAUGUCAAGGCCGUUUCCCAGCAUCCUUCGCUUCCUCACGAUAUGCGACUACACCCGGCCGCUCACACAGGACUGGUUCUGGAAACGUCUCGCCAAAGCCCUCGCACAGCCAGCCAGUCAUAGUUAAAGGCGCCUUUUUUAUUAUUAAACAUCAUAUCGUUAAAGUACGUGCAAUUGCUUGUGUCACUUAUAAUUUACUCGGUCUAUUUGUGUUUCCUAUGAGGAUGAAAUGGUGAUUAUUAUGAAGCUAGACAGGGAUACCAAAUAUCAGCAAAGUUCUCACACAGUUAUGUUUCGGGAAUAUCAGGUUGCUGCCGCCGUUUUGUAUUUAUGUGAGGUACAAUGUGAGGAGGAGGUGUUUUUCUUCAGAACAGCAUGUAAUUCUCUGUUAAAGCUGGUUUUUUUUGCGCUUGCCACUUCCUGUUAUGAGGCAACUUCUCGAUGAGAUUGUAUCUGAAGAGGAAGAGAUUUCAGAUUGUUCCACUAAAGUCUACUGACACCUACCUUUAUCUCUCUUUCUGUAAUACUUUUGUAUAUGCUAAGAUGUAAUGUAUUUGACUUUGAAAAUAAAUUGAAUGAGUAUUAUUUCCUUUAAUAAAUGUAUCACAUUUU